AUGCCCACUGCAUUGCUGGCAGGAACAGUACAGCCCCCAACUCUCACCCUCCUCUCGAGCGACAAUGCAUCCCUUCCGCCCCUCUGGAAGUCGCAAGUCGGACCAUCUCCCAAGUCCACCGUCCAAGUGCUCCCUGACAUGGCUUAUCCUCGCCCAGAGGGUCGUUCAUCGCAACAUGUACCUAAGCACAAGCGUGGUGGCAACAUCGCCGGCAAUGUGGUGCACCUCCAGUCACCCAUGGUUGGCGAUACCUUUAUCCAAAUAGGUUCCGCGGAACAGCCACUAGGCGCGACACUCCCAUGGCUGGGUGCGCAGGUCAAGGCGCUCGGUCAGAGGCAUUGGGCUCUCGAAGUGACCGUUCUUGAUCAUCGUGGGCGGCGAGGACGUAUUCGCCUCGAGAGUGGUAGGACUGAGGCGGCUCUCCUUCCCCGAUCUCCUCCCCUUCUCCGCCUGCCAUUAGCCACACCCCACGACGGCGCCACCGAAUGGUGUGAGGUCGUUGUUGACCUGCGCCAACUCGUCCCCCUCUUCCGUCAACUGAGGCCUGAGGAGGAGGAGGAGAAUGGGAAGAGGAAGCGGCGCGCUGACUUGGCUGCCAUGCCCGAGCUGUUUGGGAGCGUCGAGAGGGUGCGUGUAUACCCUAACUGCCGCGUGAGACGGGUGUGGCUCGCGUUUGAAGGAGGUGUGCGUGGCGAGUGGGCGCUCAAGAAGGCAUAA